GAUGUUUUGGUCGUGUGCCUUUUUAUUGAGACGAAGUUUAAAAGACGAUGAAAUUAUCUUCAAAACAAGUAUUCGUGAAAUUCAGUAAAAUAAUAAAAUAAAAUUUACAUUACCUAUUAGUAGAUUUUAAAGUGAGAGAUUUAUUAAAAUUAAUUAAAGCUGAAUAUAGUUUGAAAACAGUUGCUGUUUCGAUGUUGAUGGUGUGUGUUGCGUUUUGCUAUAUUAUAUGCGGGAGUGUGUCUUAUAUAUAUGUUUAUAUUGUUGUCAUUAAAAAGGGGAGAAAUGCAGUGGAAUGCAAUUUAAGACACAAAAAAGUAACAAGUUCGAUUGUUUUACCGCUGAGGCCGUCCAUUAGCUAAUAUAGUGACGUUUGUGUUCAAUUAAAAUACUAAUUAACCCCAGGCAAUGCAAAAAAUAUAAUUAACGAAAAAUCGUGCGUAAACCAAGAAGUGCAAUUAUUUAGAGUGAAAAAAUGUGUAAUUUGAUUGAAAUUUGAAUAAUUUUAAGUGAAUGCAUGUGUAUUUUGCUUUCAAAUAGGCAUACAGAGAAAAAAUCAUUGGAGUUCAGCUUAAUAAAGUUCACAUACGCGAACAAAGGUAGAAUUAGUGGAGUUCGAACAAUUUCAUUAAUUGCGAAAUUUCGAUUUUGCUUGCGUUGACAACACGAAUACCCGAAAGAACAGACGCUUUGUGUGUAAAUUCGUGACUGAAUAAAAGAAUCCUAACAGAUGGCACUAUCAGUUUACUUAAGUUAUUUAUAACCAUAUUUUUAGUUGUGUUGCUGAUACGAAUAGCUGUUAAUUGUGAAAAGAGUCUUGCACACACACAUGGUGUCUUGCAAAUAUGCCUUUAGCGAAUACCGAAGAGUUGCGGCGAAAGUUUACUGUUGUUCAGCAACAGCGCUCGGCCCCGCCAACAUUGCCGAUGCCAAACUUUGCGUUGACGCCCAGCAGUACUACGGCAUACGAUCCUCUAGAUACAACCAUCACAACAUCGAUGAUGGUUCAUACGACGCAAACAGUUCCUUUGCAGGAACCCGAACGUACCUACAUAUUUCCUGGAACACUAAAUAUUGGCGGUAGCCUUGGAGCAAGUGUUAUCGGUAGUAUGGUGUCAGGUAUUCCCGGUGUUGCUGUUGUGUCUGCGCCAUCGCACAGCCUCAGCGUGGGAACGGCUACCCGCGGCCAUAUACGAUCUGUGAGUCAUGGCGGCGGUGCUAUUGUAGGGCCAAGUGGUCGGCCAAUAAAAUCAGCUAUGAAAGGACAUCAGCGUGCUUUCUCACAGGGUCAAAUUACAGAUUCACCAGGUGCACCUGGUGCAUCGCGUGGUCAUAGUCGUGUUGGUUCGAAAACUGAUUUCAUCCUACCACCUGGUCACAAGGAGGAAUCAGAAGCACGCGAAUUCGGGCCAUCUGUUGUAUCGUCAGCGGGUGGACGCGGUCAUUCGCGGCAGGCAUCACGCUCUGAAUCCAUAUACACUCUUCGUCGCUCCGAAACGCCACCUUGGUGGAAGCGUAUAACUGUAUGUCAUUCCGAGAAAUUGGAGGAGCGAAGCUAUCGUAUUGUCGUACCCAACCACACUAUUCCUCCAAAGACUCCGAAACGAGAUCACCCAAAUGGAGAUUUUGUGGGUAAUAAGAUACGUACCACAAAGUAUACGCUGCUCUCGUUUGUGCCUAAAAAUUUACUUGAACAAUUCCAUCGUGUUGCGAAUUUAUACUUUAUUUUUAUUGUAUUGCUGAAUUGGUUUCCGGCGAUAAAUGCGUUCGGUAAGGAGGUUGCUAUGAUUCCGGUUCUCUUCGUGCUCGGCGUGACGGCAGUCAAAGACUUAUUUGAAGAUCGACGACGUCGCUUCUCCGACAAACGAAUCAAUAACACUACAUGUCGAGUGUAUGAUGGUGAAACGGAGCGCUACAAAAAGAUUAAGUGGCAAGAUGUUCAUGUUGGCGACCUAGUACAUUUAUCUAACAAUGAAACCGUACCAGCAGACAUACUGCUUCUACGGACAAGCGACUCACACGGUGCCUGUUAUAUUGACACUUGUGAUUUAGAUGGUGAAACGAAUCUUAAACGAAGAGAAGUUGUGCGUGGUUUUACAGAUAAACAGACAAUAUUCACGCCUAGUAAAUUUGUGAGUCGAGUCGAAGCUGAUGCGCCCACAACAAAACUUUACAGAUUCCAUGGGGCCUUAAUACAUCCAUCUGGAGAGCGUAUACCCAUUGCCACGGAAAAUUUGCUGCUUAGAGAAAGCCGUCUGAAGAAUACUGAUUUCGUUGAAGGCAUAGUGGUAUAUGCGGGCCACGAAACGAAAUCAAUGCUGAACAACAGUGGCCCACGUUACAAGCGCUCUCAAGUCGAACAACAGAUGAAUAUUGAUGUUAUAUGGUGUGUGAUAAUUUUGUUGAUAUUGUGCAUUAUUGGUGCCGUUGGUUGCAAAAUGUGGUUGAGCUCUUUUGAACAUUUCCCUGUACCAUAUCUACCUUUUGACGUUAAUCCCAGCUACGAAGGUCUUUUGACUUUCUGGACGUACAUUAUCAUAUUGCAGGUGAUGAUUCCAUUGUCGUUGUAUGUCACAAUUGAACUAUGCAAAAUCCUUCAAGUCUAUCACAUACACAACAACAUCGAUUUGUAUGAUCAGGAUACAAACAAAAAAACCGAAUGCCGCGCGAUGAAUAUCACAGAAGAAUUGGGACAAGUACAGCAUAUUUUUUCAGAUAAGACAGGAACACUGACUGAAAAUAAAAUGCUGUUUCGACGAUGUGUUGUCAAUGGCAUAGACUAUAAUCAUCCACCUUCUGAGCUGGAACAAUUACAUUCAAAGCCAGGAUCACCUGCACCACCGCUUAUAACUAAUUCCACACUAAUUAGUGAUAUGCUAGAAGUAAUAAACUCGGGUCAGUAUUUAUCACCGAAUGCGCAGCGGCUUCAAGAGUUUCUUUUGGUGUUGGCAAUUUGCAAUACGGUGAUUGUAAGUGCUACACCGCAUCAUGAUUUGAUGAAUGCUAGUGGCAUAAUUGAAGUUCAAGAUGCAAGCAAUAGUGAUUCGAAAGGUGGAAAAGACAAUCAUAUUCCCCUCCAAAACAUAACUCAAACAGAUUCAUCUUCAUCAUCGAUAGCGAAUAAUAAUUUAGCACUUGCUGUACCGGCUGAUCGUUACACACGAUUAGCCGAAUCACGUUCCGUAACGCCAUCGCCGCCUCCGAACGUCGGUUAUGUUUUGCCAACACAAAUACAUAUACCAUCUUUGUCACCAAUAAGCAGCUCCGCAGAGACUACGCCUACUUCUGAUUCACCUCCAAUGAAAAUUAAGUCAUUCUCAAAUAGCAUAUCACCAACGGGCCGAGCGAAAGCUGUAAUCAAUUCAAAAAUAACAAGUCUUACCUCUUUUCUAAAUGUAAAAGCACAAGCAAAAAAAUUUUCCAACAAGAUAAAUCAAGCAAAGAGUCGACAAACAUUCAAAACAGCCGAUGGAAGACCAUUGUAUGAAGCCGAAAGUCCAGAUGAGCUUGCGCUGGUGAAUGCUGCUUACAGCUACGACUGUUGCUUGGUCAACCGGAGCCCGAAUCACAUAUUAGUAAGCAUUCCAAACUCAGGUAUGGUGGAGUAUGAGGUGCUAAAGAUUUUACCCUUCGAUUCGAGUCGCAAGUGCAUGUCAAUCGUUGUGCGGCGCACUGGAACACAAGAAAUUAUACUUUAUGCAAAGGGCGCCGACAGCUCUAUUAUGCCUGUUUUAGUGCCAUGCCCGCCAAACACUCCGGAAGGUCUAAUGCGAGAAAAGGCGCAACAACAAUUGGAUCGUUACGCGCGAGAAGGCUUGCGCAUAUUGGUGAUGGCAAAGCGUAUACUCAAUCCCUCAGAGUACACCGAAUGGUGGGCACGACAUCAAGAAAUUGAAAUGUCAUUGGAGAAUAGAGAACGACGUAUCCGAGAUUCGUUUGCCAAGCUAGAGUCUAAUCUGACCUUGUUAGGUGCUACAGGCAUUGAGGAUCGUUUGCAAGAUGGCGUUCCGGAAACGAUAGCUUCUAUGCUUUCAGCUGGAAUAUCGCUGUGGGUGCUAACUGGUGAUAAGCCGGAAACAGCAAUAAACGUUGCUUAUUCGGCAAAAUUGUUCACGCAACAGAUGGAAUUAAUACGCCUGACGGCCCGUUCUCGUGAUGCUGCCGAAAGUGCAAUUAAUUUCUACUUAGCCGAGCUGGACAACAGCAAGUCAUCGUAUGAUACUCGAUUGAAACCACGAGCUCUGGUUGUUGACGGCAAAACACUUACAUUUAUCCUGGAUUUGCGUUCAAAACUUAUUAGACCCUUCCUGAGACUAGCAAACAGUUGCGCAUCUGUUUUAUGUUGCCGCUCGACGCCUCUACAGAAAGCCUAUCUGGUGAAAGUAGUAAAAGAAGAGUUACGUCUCUGUACUUUAGCAAUCGGUGAUGGCGCAAAUGACGUCUCAAUGAUACAGAUGGCUGAUGUAGGCGUUGGUAUCUCCGGUCAGGAGGGUAUGCAGGCAGUAAUGGCAGCGGAUUUCACAUUGUCGCGCUUUCGUUAUUUGGAGCCCUUAUUGUUAACACACGGUUACUGGUGUUACGAUCGCUUGUCACGCAUGAUUCUUUAUUUCUUUUACAAAAAUGCUGCGUUUGUGUUCUUAAUAUUUUGGUACCAACUGUACUGCGGCUUUUCUGGUUCUGUUAUGAUGGAUCAAAUGUAUUUGAUGUUGUAUAAUUUAAUAUUUACAUCUUUGCCGCCCCUUGCCAUUGGCGUCUAUGACAAACGUGUGCCUGAAGAUUUUCUAUUACGAAAUUGUUAUUUGUACAAACAUAGUCGAUUGGGUCUAGCCUAUAAACCACAUGACUUCUGGAUAGUACUUUUAGACGCACUAUACCAAAGCUUAGUGAUAUUUUUCAUGGCUUUGUGUGCAUAUGCCGAAUCGGAUAUUGGAAUUUGGGAGUUUGGGGCAACGAUAACGGCUUCCUGUUUAUAUACGAAUUUAGUUCAUGGUGCACUGGAAAUAAGAUCAUGGACCAUAUUACAUGCGCUCUCUAUUAUCAUAAGUCUUGGUUCAUUCUACGCUUUCUCUAUUAUUUACAACUCAACAUGUGUUAACUGCUUUGGAUUACCUUCUACUUAUUGGGUGAUAUUUCGUUGUUUUGGCUCUACGAUACAUUGGCUCGUGAUACUCAUAUCAGCAUUGGUGGCCGUUUUACCGCGGCUACUAUUCAUAACUAUUAAAAAUUCACUGUUUCCUGAUGAUAGUGAAAAAAUUUUGCUGCAAAGGCAAAAAGACCGCAGUAGAGGUGAGGCUUUGUUAGUUGCUUGGUCAAGGUCUACAUCAGCUUCAUCAAUUUAUAGAAUCGCCGAUUAUGGGUCUAAGAAUCAAAUUAUAACGUCUAUUGCUUGAUUACAGAACUUAUUUAUGACGCGGAUUUAAAUGGACCAAGGACUAUCACCUCAGCAGCAUUCCCUAAAACAUCAUCAUCGUGCUACAGUACAGAUCAGUUUUUAGACAACAAUCAUCGAACGAACCGACAACAUAUUUUGUAAACACAUAAAAUGGUAUGAUAGUGAAAGAUCAGUUCGGGAGUGUAUGCAUGUGUACGUGUGUCUGACUGAAUUAGUUAAGCAAUAAAUUUAUUAAUAGGUUUUAAGUUCGUUUAAAGCCGUAUUAUGAUAUUAGCCUAAGGCUAGUUUAUUGCUAGUUCGCCUGUAUUUAAAGCACUUAUUUAAGUUUUUGUAGCUACUUUCUAUUAUACUUUCCUAGGAAAAGUUUGUAUUGCAUAAUAUAAAUUCAAUAUUAAAUACAUUGUAUUAAAACUUCAA